AUGCCUAAUUUUGUUACUUUCGAUAAAACAUUAUCCUUAUCUUUUCCGGAAAGGAAAAGAAAGAAAGGAAGAUUUGCAUUGGAACUUGACGCCAGUCGUACCGCGUUAUUCGACAUUUUUUCACGUUACACACCUCUAAGGAUCAGUGUAAAGCUCUACGGAUCUUAUUACACCUUUGCGGUUCAGUGCACAUCUCUAAGGAUCAGUGUACACCUCUGCGGAUCAGUGUACAGCUUUGCGGAUCUGUGCACAUCUCAGUGGAUCAGUGUACACCUCUGCGGGUCAGUGCAUACCUUUAAGGAUCAAUGUACACCUCAGCGGAUCUGUGUACACCUCUGCAAAUCAGUUAUAGAUGUUAUAGACGUAUUGAAAUGGUUAUUUUUAGUUAAUGGAGUUGAGGUUUACGUUAGAAAUAAUGUGAAAAACUAUGGUUUAAAUCUUCCUCCUAACAUUGACCAUGAAAUGUUAUUACAAAUUGUUAGAAUUAAGGCGGGCGUGUUAAAUAGUCAUAUAUGUUUGUCUAUUAAACACCCGGAGUUAGGGUAUGUCAUGGAGCUUGGAGAUGAAACUGAUUUAUUUCAAUUGAGACAUGUAAUGUCUGAAUCAAAGAAGAAGGUGCAUUUGUGUUUAACGGUGGUAAGUGAAGAAGAUAAUGAUAAAGAACCAAAAGUGGGCAUGACUGAAUUACAACGUGCAAAUUUGUUCGAGUUUGGAGAAGUUCCUAAAAUUGAUGAUCGAAGAUGUGAGGAAAAAUCAAAUGAAAGGUGGUCGGAUGAUGAGUACACACAACGAAAAACUGCUUUUAAUCCAUGGUAUUGUAUUCCUUCUAUUACUGAUUGUCCAGAACCUAUUCUUGAACCUAUACGUGCUUUUAGAGAGUGUUGUAGAAAAGUUAUUAUUAUGGAUGGUGCUCAUUUGAAGGGAAAGUACAAAGGCACCAUCUUGCAUGCAGUAGCAAUGGAUAGCAACAAUCAGAUCUUGCCUAUUGGGUAUGAAAUUUGCCCAAAAGAGACUACGGAUUCUUGGACAUGGCUUUUUGAAAAACUACAUGAAUGCAUUGGUGAUGUGGAAGGUCUGACAAUGGUCACAGAUAGAGCAUCCGCAAUUGCUAAAAAAGUACAACAAUACUUACAAAGUGGGCUGAAGAUAUGGUUAAGAACAAUAAAGAGGGGAUUCAAGGAUGGUUGGUAUCCGGUGUUGACAAUACAACAUAUCAAGUGCAUGACUUCAAAAGCGGCGACAUAG